AUGUUUCGAUAUCGACGUUACCGCGCCUUUUUAGUCUUUACUGUUAUUGCUGUACUAGCGUUAUACAAAUUUGGGGGUUCGAGUGCGGCGGCAUGGAGAGAGGCUGCAUCAAAUGCUGUCGGGUCAGCUGGUCUGAAAGGCGACGCUGAGAAGGUUCCGCAGGAGGACACUCCCCCACACCCUGCUGUGGCGCAUGAGACGAGAAGUCUGAAGCUAGAUGUGCCCGCUGCUAGUACGCCGCGGUUGCUCCAGACACCACCUCCUGUGAAGACACCGGCUCCAUCAUCAUCAACAUCGAGCCCUGCUGUGACAGAGCAGCAACAGAAGCCCUCUAUUCCUACACCCAUCCGACCGCAACCACACGGCCAGCCCGCCAUUGCAGACAACCCAUUGGAGCCAUCUUCGAUCAUUGAUGCGAUUCACUGGACGAAACUUCCGGAACAUUUCCCCGUUGCCCCAGAAUCGCUCAUUAAGCUGCCGUCUGGCACCCCGAAAUCCAUACCUAAGAUUCAAGCCAAGUUUAAGCCGGAAGAUGUCACAGCCAAGGCUGAGAGGAUCGCGAAACUGGACAAGAUCAGAAGUGUGGCAAAGAAGUCGUGGGAAGGAUACAAGGCAAAUGCCUGGUUACAUGAUGAGCUACGGCCACAGUCUGGCACUUUUAGAGAUCCUUUUGCACACUGGGGCGCAACACUGGUAGAUGCCCUCGACACUUUGUGGAUAAUGGGGCUUAAGGACGAGUUCGAAGAGGCAGUCAAGGCAGUGGACAAGAUCGACUUUACAACCACCCCUCGCCCCGAUAUCCCCUUGUUCGAGACAACAAUCCGCUAUCUCGGUGGGCUGCUGGCUGCCUACGAUUUGAGCGACAAGAAGCACAAGAACCUGCUAGAUAAGGCAGUAGAACUUGCUGAAGUUCUUAUAAGCGCGUUCGACACACCCAACCGAAUGCCCGAGACUUAUUAUUAUUGGAGGCCUGAUUUCGCGUCUCAAAAACACCGUGCUAGCUCACAUGUUGUUCUGGCUGAAAUCGGGUCACUCUCUUUGGAAUUCACCCGACUUGCGCAGCUCACGGGAGAGCACAAGUACUACGAUGCCAUUGCACGUAUUACGGACAACCUCGAAGAGUUCCAAAGCAAGACUCAACUCCCUGGAAUGUGGCCGACAUAUCUGGACGCCUCCGGAUGCGGAAGACAAUAUAUCGACAUGCCUCCCCAGGCGCCCCUCAAAGCUCCAACAGGUUAUCUCGACGAUCAGUCAUCGACUGAUGCAGAGCCUGCUACGCCCUCCCCUACUGAAAUUUUGUCGCCAGAGGGUAAGAAGUACGUGCCGUUGGAUCUGCCGGACCCCGUUGUGCUUGCGCAAGACGAUGUACCGGUUGGCACAAGCGCAAAGGAAGACUCUAUAGUACCCGGGACUGCUGGGAAGGCGCAGAUCAAGAAUUGGGACAGCAGUCCAGUAGAGAAGCGACAGCUUGAUAUUGAUGAAUCUGAACCACCGGAGGCGGCGCUGAACGCCCAGGACGCCACUUCAACCUCGUCUGCCUCUGACACCAAGCCGACACCCCCAGAAUGCAUACCCCAAGGGUUUACAUCAAGCUCCAGCUACGGACGCGAAGAAUUCACGUUAGGCGGUAUGUCGGAUUCUACGUACGAAUAUCUGCCCAAGCAGUAUUUGCUCCUUGGUGGCCAGAUUGAGAAAUACCGGACGAUGUAUGAACAAUCAAUGGAUGUAGUCAAGGAGCACUUGGUUUUCCGACCAAUGCUACCGAAAGGAGAAGAUAUUCUCUUUUCCGGCAAGCUGAACGUCCCGUCCAACAUUGACACUACCAAAGCUGGUGACCUCACUGCUGAAAAUGCACAUCUCACCUGUUUUGCUGGUGGCAUGUUUGGUAUGGGCGCAAAGCUGUUUGACCGCCCUGAAGAUCUUGAGAUCGCGAAGAAGCUGACAGAGGGCUGCGUUUGGAGUUACGGCAUGACUCCGACUGGCAUUAUGCCGGAAGCUUUCGAGGUUGCUCCGUGUGAGGACAGGAAGGACUGUGCAUGGAACCAGACGGCUUACUGGGAGUACAUUGAUCCACGGCACGAGUCACGAAUGGAGACCUAUCAGGAGCAGCGGAAGGUAUACGAGUCGCAGAUCGCGUCUGCUUCAUCGUGGUAUGAGGCAGAACUUGCUGCGAUGACCGCAUUACCUACUCCUACCGCAGCUGCUGCGGUUGAGGCCCAGGCCACGUCUACCUUGGUCUAUGCGGAUACGUUGGACAAGCGUCAGAUCAUCGAGCAUGUAGACGAGCAAGAGAUUGCACACAUGCCAUCUGCCUCUGCCUCUGCCUCUGCGAGCGCCUCGCAGGAUCACGAGUCCGUCAUGGGCGGUGAGUCCGAGGAGGGCGAGGGCCCGCCAACAAAAGUCCAACCUGAUUCGAACAUCGCGGAACUUGCGCCACAGGCUAGUCUGACGCUGCCGAACUUCCCAUACGUCUACUCGCCGCAGCCAGUUAUGAACCAUGAAGACUACGUGCAGAGCAGAAUUCAAGAGGAUCGUCUGCCGCCGGGCGUUACGAGAAUCGGGGCCAAGAACUAUAUCCUUCGCCCCGAAGCUAUAGAGUCCGUCUGGUACAUGUACCGCAUAACUGGCGAUUCCCAUUGGCGCGACGCUGGAUGGCGCAUGUUCCUCGCAAUUGAUCAACACACAGCCACUGAAUUCGGUAACUCGGCCAUUGACGAUGUUACCAAGUUGACGCCGGAGCUCAACGAUGAGAUGGAGAGUUUUUGGUUAGCGGAGACGCUGAAGUACUUUUACUUGUUGUUUGCGGAAGAGGAUCUGAUUAGCUUGGAUGAAUGGGUGUUGAAUACUGAGGCGCAUCCUUUCAAGCGACCGGCGUAG